GACUUAGAUUCUCUUCGUUUAAUGCUCUUCUUCUAGUGGGUUUCUCUUGGAAGAGUCAAAAACGAAGAAAAAUGGUUAAUUCAUGUGAGAACAUAAUCUUCGUUAAACCCACUUCAUCGACGAUUCUUCAAGAUGAAACAAGAAGUAGAAAAUUCGGACAAGAUGUGAAGAAAGAGAAGAGAAGAGUGUUGGGUGUGAUUAAUCAGAAUCUUGUUGGUGCAAAAGUUUAUCCUUGUGUUGUCAACAAGAGAGGAAGCUUAUUAUUAUCUAAUAAGCAAGAAGAAGAAGGAUGUCAAAAGAAGAAGUUUGAUUCUUUGCGUCCUUCAAUUACAAGAUCUGGAGUUGAAGAGGAGACUAAGAAGAAGCUGAAGCCAUCAGUUCCUAGUGCAAAUGAUUUUGGUGACUGUAUAUUUGUUGAUGAAGAGGAAGCUACAUUGGACAAUCCGAUGCCAAUGUCGCUUGAGAGGCCGUACACAAGCAUCAUUGAAGCUGACCCAAUGGAGGAAGUUGAGAUGGAGGAUGUAACUGUGGAAGAACCGAUCUUUGAUAUCGAUGUCUCAGAUGCGAAGAACUCACUUGCAGCUGUUGAGUAUGUCCACGAUCUUUACGCAUUUUACCGAACAAUGGAGAGCUUUAGUUGUGUUCCAGUAGAUUAUAUGAUGCAACAAAUCGAUUUAAACGAGAAGAUGAGAGCAAUACUAAUCGACUGGUUAAUCGAGGUACAUGACAAGUUUGAUCUGAUGAACGAGACAUUGUAUCUGACAGUCAAUCUGAUAGAUAGAUUCUUGGCCAAGCAAUCUGUUAUGAGAAAGAAGCUUCAGCUUGUAGGGUUAGUUGCUUUGCUCUUAGCUUGCAAGUACGAAGAGGUUUCGGUUCCUGUUGUCGAAGAUUUAGUACUCAUUUCAGACAAAGCUUAUACGAGGAACGAUGUUCUAGAGAUGGAGAAAACAAUGUUGAGUACUUUGCAAUUCAAUAUCUCAUUGCCAACACAAUACCCUUUCUUGAACAGAUUCCUCAAGGCAGCUCAAGCAGACAAGAAGUGUGAGGUGUUGGCAUCGUUCUUGAUCGAGCUUGCGCUUGUGGAGUAUGAGAUGCUUCGGUUUCCACCAUCAUUACUAGCUGCCACAUCUGUGUACACUGCUCAAUGUACACUUCAUGGUUUCAGGCAAUGGAACAGUACAUGUGAAUUCUAUUGUCAUUACUCUGAAGAUCAGCUCAUGGAAUGUUCGCGGAAGCUGGUGAGUCUUCAUCAAAAGGCGGCGACAGGAAACUUGACAGGAGUAUAUAGGAAGUACAACACAUCUAAAUUUGGGUACAUAGCAAAAUGUGAAGCUGCACACUUUCUAUCGUCUGAGUCACAUCAUCCUUAAGCCAAUAGAACAACAAGUAAUUU